AAAAAAAACAAAAAAAAAAAAAAAACGUCCAUGUUCUCGCAGACUGUGUUGGGUGUGUGCGCAUUUGAGUUGAACCGCACUUGGGAAGGGUGCCCAUUCUAUUUGUGUGUGCCUCGCAUUUCCCACGUAACUGUGGGUGAAACACUGGCGGGCGUGUCGACUCUACACAUUUAAUUCGGCCAUCUGGGAGCAGCCCUCUCGGCUCGAAAAUUGACUGAAAGAUCCAUCAAAGGCGAUUGUAAACAGCGUCAGUGUGCUGUUUUUGGCUCGACAAUUAAAGUUAGAGCUCGGAGAGAAAAGUUUGCGCAUGGCUGAUAUUCAGUGAUAGAAGGACCGAGGGAACGGAGAGAGCGUCUUGAAUGAGUGGUGAAAAAUUUUGAAGACUACAAAUCGCACCUUUCUCUGACUGACCACAGGAGGUCAAUCACAGAAAAAUGGCUGGAAAGAUCACAAAAGAAGAGGAGGAGGAGAUGAGAGAGACCUUUGGGAAAAUUGAUCUGGACAAUAAUGGAUAUAUCUGUGAUUAUGAGCUCAGUGAGCUCCUUAAAGAGGCCGGCCAUGCCCAACCCGGGUACAUGAUUCGAGAGAUCCUCCACAAACUUGAUCGCAACCACGACAACAGGAUCAGCUUUGACGAGUUUCUGUCGAUCAUCAAAGAGCUGAGGGGCAGUGAAAUAGCGAAGACUUUCCGUAAGGCCAUCAACAGAAAAGAAGGCAUCCUGGCUAUCGGAGGGACGUCCGAGUUGUCGAGUGAAGGCACACAGCACUCCUUCUCUGAGGAAGAGCGAUAUGCCUUUGUGAACUGGAUCAACACCGCUCUGGAAAACGACCCCGACUGCCAACAUGCCCUGCCCAUGGAUCCCAACACAGACUCCCUCUUCAAGUCUGUUGGAGACGGUAUAGUCCUCUGCAAAAUGAUCAACCUGUCCGUGCCGGACACCAUCGAUGAGAGGACCAUAAAUAAGAAGAAGCUGACACCAUUUACAGUGCAGGAGAAUCUGAAUCUGGCCUUGAACUCUGCUUCUGCCAUCGGUUGCCACGUGGUGAAUAUCGGCGCAUUAGACCUGAAAGAAGGGAAGCCGCAUCUGGUGUUGGGCCUGUUGUGGCAGAUCAUCAAGAUCGGCCUGUUUGCCGACAUCGAACUCAGCAGAAAUGAAGCGCUUGCAGCACUGCUGAGAGAUGGGGAAACUCUGGAGGACCUGAUGAAGCUGUCUCCAGAAGAGCUGCUGUUGCGAUGGGCAAACUUUCACCUGGAAAACGCUGGCUGGCAGAAGAUCAAUAACUUCAGCUCUGACAUCAAAGACUCAAGGGCCUAUUUCCACCUUCUGAAUCAAAUCUCUCCAAAAGGCAAAGAGGAAGAUGAGCCCCGCAUCGACAUCAACAUGGCAGGCUUCAGCGAGAAAGACGACGUGAAGAGGGCAGAAGCCAUGCUGCAGCAGGCCGACAGGCUCGGCUGUCGACAGUUUGUCACCCCAGCUGACGUAGUCAGUGGAAACCCCAAACUCAAUCUUGCCUUUGUUGCCAAUCUGUUCAACAAAUAUCCAGCGCUGACCAAACCCGAGAAUGAGGACAUUGACUGGGGACUGUUGGAAGGUGAGACGAGAGAAGAGAGGACAUUCAGGAACUGGAUGAACUCCCUGGGAGUGAACCCACAUGUCAAUCAUCUGUAUGGAGACCUGCAGGAUGCCAUGGUCAUCCUUCAGCUCUACGAGAAGAUUAAAGUGCCAGUUGACUGGAACAACAAGGUCAACAAACCGCCUUACCCUAAACUGGGAACCAACAUGAAAAAGUUGGAGAAUUGUAACUACGCUGUGGAACUGGGCAAAUCUGCAAAGUUCUCUCUCGUUGGCAUCGGCGGGCAGGACCUGAAUGAUGGCAACGCUACUCUGACUCUGGCAGUGGUGUGGCAGCUGAUGAGGAGAUACACGUUGAAUGUACUGGAGGAGCUGGGUGACGGAGAGAAAGUCAAUGAUGACAUCAUAGUAAAAUGGGUGAACAAAACAUUGGCAGAGGCUGGAAAAUCAACCAAGAUUUCAAGUUUUAAGGACAAGGAGAUCAGCACCAGUCUGGCAGUAUUGGAGCUGAUUGACGCCAUCCAGCCCGGCAGCAUCAACUACGAGCUGAUAAAAACCGAGUGCAUCUCUGAAGAGGACAAGCUGGAGAAUGCCAAAUACGCCAUCUCUAUGGCGAGGAAGAUCGGAGCCCGUGUCUACGCUCUCCCGGAGGACCUUGUAGAGGUCAAGCCCAAAAUGGUAAUGACAGUCUUCGCCUGCUUGAUGGGUCGGGGGAUGAAGCGAGUCUAAGCAACUGGCUGGGAUCUUUGUGACACUUGCUCCUCCCCACAAGCAGUUAGCAUUUUGAAAAAAGCUCCCCCAACUGAAGGAAUGAAGUUUUUUUUUUUUUUUUUUUUUUCUGAAUCAUUCAUUGGCACGUGUCCCUGCCCCUUCUGUCCAACAGAGGUGUCUUCUGAAGCAUAAUGUGCUGACCACUUAUUUGAAGUGAGGCUACAAUCCUAAAGAGCGGGCUCUUGUCAACUUCCAGAAGGCAGAGCUCUUAAUGUAGGAGAAUGCGUCUUUUUUUUAUUUUAAUUUUUUUUGAAGCAGUUAUGCAAAUUUCCAGCUGCAAGGUUGUUUACAUAUUUUUACUCACUGAUUAGUAAAUUAUAGCCUUGACUAAGCAACACACAUUCCUGAAUACCAUAGUUGCGAAUAAGUGCUUGAGAAGACAAAAAGAAAUGGGAGGAGAGAUGUUGGAGGGUGGAGCACAUGACAAAAAAACACCCAAACAUUGCCUCUUGCUUAAUGAAGUACAAGCAUGCCUUAAUAACUGACACCACAAACAUAUCUGGAUGCAGAAGCCAAAAGGUCAGAAUAUAGUGAUGACCAACUGUCUGUGCUCGUCAUUUGUUUGUUUCUUGGGAUUAUGAUGCGAUGUAAAUGCUGUUUUUUGGGGAUGUCUGGUCUUUAUUGUGUUGGGCUUUUUUUUUUUUCUUUUUUUUGUGUUUGUUACGUUGGAUGAGGAGCAGGCCAUCUAGACUCUCCUGGCUUCUGCUGUGCCUUCUCGCCUCAAAGAUCACUUGUGCUUUGAGUUUUUUUCCCUGUUUCUUUUCCAUUUAUAUACGACAUUACCAAAUAUAAACCGUUACUUCAUUCCAGGUAGCUUCAUGAUAUUCGAUGACUAGGACCAGAUUGUAUUUGGUCCUCUGUUCAUGUCUACUCCUAAAUACUUUACAUGUAACAAUAAAUAAGAUGUUGAAAACUG